GCAAGUUGCAUCUCUCUGGUCAUAAAUCUCUAAAACAGACACGUUGUCGCGUGGAGACCACUCGCUAUCUCAAGUGUCAAUCCAGUCACGAUCAAAGUGGAAAGAGCAGAGUUGUUACUGAAAACUCCUUCGGCCAUGAAGAGGACGAAACCACGAGGUCCACCAAAUUUCUGCAAAACUCCAAAACAUUAUCCGCCACUGCGGUGAAGCGGCUCCCUCGUCGUUAUUGCGUGUACGCCACUCUCUCCCAUGCUCCUAUGCUUCUGCCCUUGCCACACACCUCACUUCCUCAUGAGUCGGUUAUCUCCGGCCACCGGAAUCUCUCCCCGCCUCCACUGCUCCGUUGAUCGUGGCUCCACGGAUGGACGAUUCAGAUUCGGAUUCCGGAGAAACGAGGUUCCGUUUAAACGCCGCUUGAGAUUCGUAAUCAAGGCGGAGCUCUCUGAGGCCUUUUCUCCCGAUUUAGGUUUGGAUUCUCAGGCUGUGAAAUCUCGCGAUACCUCAAACUUGCCUUGGAUCGGUCCAGUUCCAGGGGACAUUGCUGAGGUUGAAGCAUACUGCAGAAUCUUUAGAUCAGCUGAGCGACUCCAUGGAGCUUUGAUGGAGACGCUAUGCAACCCUGUUACUGGUGAAUGUCGAGUACCGUAUGAUUUCUCACCCGAGGAAAAGCCGUUGUUGGAGGACAAGAUAGUAUCGGUGCUUGGUUGUAUACUAUCUCUUUUGAACAAAGGAAGGAAAGAGAUUCUCUCUGGGAGGUCAUCUUCUAUGAACUCGUUUAGUUUGGAUGAUGUUGGGGUUGCGGAGGACACACUUCCACCGCUUGCCGUUUUCAGGGGUGAAAUGAAACGGUGUUGCGAGAGCUUACACAUUGCUCUCGAGAAUUAUCUGACGCCUGAUGAUGAAAGAAGUGGGAUUGUUUGGAGGAAGUUACAGAAGCUUAAGAAUGUCUGCUACGACGCAGGUUUUCCUCGCAGCGAUAGUUACCCUUGUCAGACGCUAUUCGCGAAUUGGGACCCUAUUUACUCGUCAAAUAUGAAAGAGGACACUGACUCCUACGAGUCUGAGAUUGCUUUUUGGAGGGGAGGACAAGUAACCCAAGAAGGAUUGAAGUGGCUACUUGAAAAAGGGUUUAAAACGAUUGUUGACCUGAGAGCUGAAAACGUUAAGGAUACUUUCUAUCAGGCGGCACUUGAUGAUGCGAUCUCAACCGGGAAAAUUACAUUGGUGAAAAUUCCAAUUGAAGUCAGGAUGGCUCCUUUAGCUCAGCAGGUCGAGCUUUUUGCUUCUGUUGUAUCAGACUCCAGCAAAAGGCCGAUCUAUGUUCACAGUAAAGAAGGUGUUUGGAGAACGUCUGCGAUGGUCUCCAGGUGGAAGCAGUACAUUACACGUCCGAAAGAAAUACCAGUUUCAAAAGAGUCGAAGCGUCAGGAGGUUUCUGAAACUAAGGUGAGACUGAAUGUUGAUAAGGAAGUGCCUGAUCAGCAGACUGAUAGAGUCUCUGAAAUCAAUGAGAUUGAUAGUAGCUCCACUUCGAAUCAGAGCCAAGAAUCUGGUAGCAAUGAGGGUGAUACACCUGAAUUUAAUAUGGUGAGUGAUCCUCUUAAAGCUCAAGUUCCAACGGGAAAUAUCUUUUCAAGAAAAGAAAUGUCUAAAUUCCUGAGGAACAAAGGUAUUGCUCCGGCUGGUUAUCUUAGUAAUCAGUCCAAAAAACUGGGAAUAGUUCCGAGUCCGCAAAUCUCAUAUACGGGAGUUACAAGCGGAUACCAGAUUGCUGAUUCUGUAAGAGGACUUGCCGAGACAGGAAACUCCAAUGGAACCCUUCUACCUGCAAGUUCUCAAAUUUUAGAUGUCGCCAAUGGGAAGUUUUCAAAUGGAAAUGUGCAUGCUUCUGAUAACACCAAUACAAGUGUAUCGGAUAACGGGGGAAAUGGCUUCUCUGCAGGGCCUAUUGUUGUGCCCCCAAGUGAUAACUUGAGUCGCACUGUAGUUUCCCAAACUGUUCGAGAUUCUAAAAGAAACAAUAAUGCUUCUUCGUCGGAUUCCAGUGAUGACGAAGCUGGAGCUAUUGAGGGAAAUAUGUGCGCUUCAUCCACUGGUGUGGUAAGGGUGCAGUCGAGAAAGAAAGCAGAGAUGUUCUUAGUACGAACUGAUGGAAUCUCUUGUACAAGGGAAAAGGUUACAGAAUCCUCGCUAGCCUUCACACAUCCGAGUACUCAACAACAAAUGCUUCUUUGGAAAACUACCCCAAAAACUGUCUUACUGCUUAAGAAGCUUGGGCUAGAACUCAUGGAGGAAGCUAAAGAGGCUGCAUCUUUCUUGUAUCACCAAGAAAAGAUGACUGUUCUUGUUGAACCCGAGGUGCAUGAUGUAUUUGCCAGGAUUCCAGGGUUUGGCUUUGUCCAGACCUUUUACAUUCAGGACACAAGCGAUCUCCAUGAAAGGGUUGAUUUUGUGGCAUGCUUAGGAGGGGAUGGGGUGAUAUUACAUGCAUCAAAUUUGUUCAAAGGAGCUGUCCCUCCCGUUGUAUCAUUUAACCUGGGGUCCCUUGGAUUUCUCACUUCACAUCCAUUUGAGGAUUUCAGGCAAGACCUCAAACGGGUAAUUCAUGGGAACAACACGCUAGAUGGGGUGUAUAUAACUCUUCGAAUGCGUCUUCGUUGUGAAAUCUAUCGUAAAGGAAAAGCAAUGCCUGGCAAAGUGUUUGAUGUUCUGAACGAGAUUGUUGUUGAUCGAGGAUCCAACCCAUACCUUUCUAAGAUUGAAUGUUAUGAACACGACCGUCUUAUCACCAAGGUACAAGGUGAUGGAGUUAUAGUAGCGACUCCCACAGGAAGUACUGCUUAUUCUACAGCAGCUGGAGGUUCCAUGGUGCAUCCAAACGUCCCUUGCAUGUUGUUUACUCCGAUCUGCCCACAUUCCCUCUCGUUCAGACCAGUCAUUCUUCCAGAUUCUGCAAAGCUUGAACUGAAGAUUCCAGAUGAUGCUCGAAGCAAUGCAUGGGUUUCGUUUGAUGGAAAGAGAAGGCAACAACUUUCAAGGGGAGAUUCGGUGAGAAUAUACAUGAGCCAACAUCCACUCCCGACAGUCAACAAGUCUGAUCAGACCGGUGAUUGGUUUAGAAGCUUGAUCCGUUGCUUAAACUGGAACGAGCGCCUUGAUCAAAAGGCUCUUUGAUGAUUGAUUCACUUCAUUCAUCAACACAUACAUAAACAUAGAAGGGUACAAAGUUCUAUUUGUUUCACCCAUCCCUCCUUUACUGUACAGAUUCACAUUCUCUAUAAUUCUCACUACUAUUGAUCAUUUGAUAUCAGUUCUAAAAGAAAUAAGAAAACUUUGAAUUA